GGUCAAAAACACAACGUUGUGAUGCGUGUGUUGUUCCUGCGAUGUGUCAGAUAGACCCGGUGGUUUAUUCCCACACCGUUCGGAUCCUCUCAGGUCUUUUGUUUUAAAGCUGCUUAUUAUUUGAGCACAAGUCUCCUGACAGCCAGAGUUCACCUGUCAGAGAGAGGUCAUGGCACAGGUGGAGGAGGCUCAAACGGAGGGGGAAAGCAGCCCUCAGAUGGUCUCCUUGAGAUCAGACGCAUCAGCGAGCCACGCAGAUGACGGAGAGGCCGGACCCUCCAUGAGGAGGAAGAGGAAGAAAAAGAAAGAGCCACGUCCGGACUCCAUCAUCGUGUACCGCUCUGAGGUGGAGCGAGCGCCCGGAGAGGAGCAGAGCGGUGAGGACGGAGGAGAGAGGAGCACUGAGGAGGGAGCAAAGUUCCUCUGCACGCCUACAGGCGAAGGAGGAGGCUGGAAUAUUCCUCCAGACAGCCGCUACGUGACCCUGACAGGCACCAUCACGCGUGGGAAGAAGAAGGGCCAGGUGGUGGACAUACACGUCACCUUGACGGAAAAGGAACUGAGGGAGUUGGCCAAGUCCAAGGAGCGUCUCAACGCCGAGUGCGAGGCGGGAGAGGGCUCCAGACGCUCCUGCACCUUCGGGGUGUGYCAGGGACCCCACGUUGUCCUGUGGAGCCUGUCCUGCGCUCCCGUGGUUUUCCUCCUCUCCUUYAUCACCUCCUUCUACUACGGCACGCUCACCUGGUACAACGUCUUCCUGGUGUACAACGAGGAGCGGACGUUUUGGCACAAGAUCACYGUUUGCCCCUUCCUCAUCGUCUUCUACCCCGUGCUCAUCAUGCCCUUGGCGCUGUCGCUGGCUCUGUACUCGGCCGUGGUGCAGGUGUCCUGGGCCUUCAGCGAGUGGUGGCAGGCGGUGCGAGACCUGGAGAAAGGCUUCUGCGGCUGGGCCUGCGGGAAGCUGGGCCUGGAGGACUGCUCCCCCUACAGCAUCGUGGAGCUGCUCGACUCAGACACUGUGUCUAGCACUCUGCAGAGCAAGGCCCCCGGUGACUUUGCCCAGACGUCGUCGGUUUGAAACGAUGGCACAUAUUUUUUAUGUUGACUUCAAAUGAUUUCAUUGAGUUUCAAGUGAUGCACCUCAAGGUUUAAAGGUUGUUUUCUGGCUUUGAAGAUGUUCUGUUGGUCCGGUUAUUGACUUAAAUCUUUAAAGAAAGAACCUUCUUCUUGCCUGAAAGCUACAGUAGAAGAUGUGUAAAAGCUKCAAAGUAAGACUCAAGAAACACUGCCCUAACUGUCUUUAGGCAAUGAACUAUUUCUACAAACAUAAAUAUUAUUGAACUGUGAGCAUGAAUGGUUGUUAAAGACCAGUUUUAUAUUUAAGUAAUUUUUUUUGCACCAUUGGUUACCUUUCUGAACACAUUAGUCUCGACUUGCACGGCCAUGCUGAUGGUGCUCUUCACCAAACCAAGUUUCACUUCUCUGUAAAUAUCCUACCUAAAAUAUUUACGUCAUUUGUGCAACGACAUCAGCUAUAAAAGCAACACUCACACUUUUGUUUCGUCAUCGUAAUCCUUCUGAGCUCGUCGCUGAAGCUGGAUGGGCAUCUGUCCCGCAACCUCUGCUGCAGCUGCCGCCUAAAGUUUGUGAGUUCAUCUCGUUCUGCGGCGAUCAUCUGCACCACAUCGACCAAAACACUUUUCUGCCUCUCGAACAGGCUGUGCAUCUAUUUUCUGCAUCUUAAAGCAAUUUUAACAACUUGACUAAAAGUCUAACUUUAGUUUCRCGCUCAUUCAGUACCUCGGUGAGUCAGCGCAGAGGGUGCGAUGUGUUUAAAACAACUGUUUUUAAGGCUCUCUGGGAAAAUUCUGCCUACCUACAUAAUCUAAUAACUGGUGCUUAUAAUUGUAAUUAUGGCCUUUGGUUUAGUUGAAACCGUUGUGCUGCUAUCUUUUUUAAAACAAAUACGUUUGAACACCUGCUUUAUUCCGGAUAUUUCUAAAAUGAUUUCAAACACAUUGAGUCAAGUUGAGAACAGCCAGAACACAAAUGUGUUGUUUUUUGAAACUCUGAGCACUUGAGAAGCACUUAUAUGAGCACGAGCUGGUUUAUCCAUCUGUUUUAAAGCUGUUUUUCUUUCCUUGUUGUGUUAAAAUCUCCAGCUAAAGUGUUGUGUGUGACCUGAAACUACUUGUGUUGUUAUGUUGUCUAAUUAUCUAUUUUUUGUAUUAAAGAACCUUUGGAAGUUUCUACACAAUUAUAUUUUUAUGUUCCCUAAAUGUGUUUUUUUCUUUGUAUACUUAAAAAAAAAAAAACUCCGGCACUUUGACGUCUGAAACUGACUGAGCAGUGAUUUGAUUAAAUAGAUCUUCUAAUUAUAAAACACAUUAAUCAAAUGUUGGAGCAUGUUUGAUUUUUUAAAAGUAUUUACCGACAACCUUAUUUAGUAAAGGAAGAAUUGAUGUGGUUGAUGACUGAAUCUGUAUUCCACAUUAUUUAUUGUGAAUCUACAGAAUGCAAAAUAAUUAAAAAAGUUACCAAAAUAUGAAA